AUGGACAACGCGGAAGUUGUGGCGGAACCCACCAUCGGCACCAUGGAGUGGCUCGACAAGAACCUCAAGAAGAUGAUGAUAGUGCUCUCCUCCUUGUCGCUGCUCUUCUGCGCGGCCCUCUGCGGGUACACGGUGUACAUCUUCGGGUACAUCGCGGACAAGACCAUGUACAACCUGGCCGUCAUGAUGGCGGUGUUCGUGGCGGCGCUGACCCUCAGCGACAUCGUGGGCCUCUUCGCGGCCGCGUUGGAGUCGGAGGGGUUCACCGCCCUCUUCACGUACAACAACAUGUGCGCCACCAUCACGACGCUGGUGCUGUCGGGCGUGCACUUCGGCAAGGCCGUGUACAUCGGCAAGCAGUUCAGGGCGGAGGACAACCUGGCGAGCACCUUCUUCGUGACGGCGACGGGGCUGAUCACCAUGGCGAUCCUGCACGCGACGAUGGUCUUCAUAGGGUUCAGGUACAAGCGCCUGCUCUCCCGCAGGGCCAACGUCAUCGAGCUCAAGCUCAACGACACCGUGUUCACGACCAUCAACGACCUCAACCAAACGCAAGCGAUCAGCUUCCCGAAGACGCUAAACGCAGUCUGA